AUGUUUCCUCACAGCGGCUACUGGAACGACGACAACUGUGGGUCCAAAAGAGGAUACAUCUGCAAACGGAAAGGAAUCACACCUGAGCCUCCUCCACCGCAUGAUGGUUUCAUGACGGCGCUGUUGUGCCAGGACUCCUCUGCUGUCCUUCACUGUCCGCCUGAAAGUGUAAUUAACAUCCAGUCGGCUUUCUACGGACGAAAGAGUGAUGACAUCUGUCCUCACCUGGAGGGAGAAGGAGGAGGCUGCACAGUGGAAGGCAUCCUUCCUUCCUAUAGAAAGAGGUGUGACAAUCAUCCCUUCUGCUUUGUGUACGCCUACACGGAGGUGGACCCCUGUCCCACCGUUUCCAAAUACCUUGAGAUCGUCUACAGCUGUGAACAAAAAGUGUGUUUGCACGGCCUGGGUGUCGAGGACGGGAACAUCACAGACUCGCGGCUCUCUGCGUCUUCCUCCAUUGGUUUCUUCACUCCCAACGAAGCUCGAUUGAACGGAGAUUCCUGCUGGAUGCCUUCAGGAAACCCAACCUCAAGCUGGAUCCAGGUCAAUCUUGGCCAGACCAGAAAAGUAACAGGAAUAGUGAUCCAGGGUUGUCCUCAAAAUGAACACUGGCUCACCAAAUUUAAGAUCCAGCACAGUGUGGACGGAGCAACCUGGACUGACUACACUGCGGACGGGCAGCGCCCUAGCAGGAGAACAUUCAUUCUGAAUGUCUUGGAUUUCCAGUUUUUCCCAGGCUCAACAGACAGAGACAGUCCUGUGACUCAGCUGCUCGGUACACCCGUGUCAGCUCAGUACGUCCGCAUCCUCCCACUGGAGUUCAAUGGUCAGACGGGCCUUCGCUUCGACGUCUUAGGAUGCACACCGGACUAUGCGAUCACAUGCGCCAAUAAGCCCAACUUCAACUUUGCCAACGACCAAAUGACUGUCCAUUGUCCAUCACGCUGCGCCAAUUCUUAUCACAGAGUGUACGGCACUUCAGUGUAUCGUGGGGACUCAAACAUCUGUGCUGCUGCUAUCCAUGCAGGAGUGGUAUUAAAUGAAAAUGGAGGAGACUGUACUUUGUUGAAAGCUGCAGGACAGGACUUCUAUUCCGGUUCCACCAGGAACGGCAUCACCUCUUUACAAUUUGACGGGAACUAUGCCGUGUCUUACACUUUUGCAGAUGGGGAGCUGAGGUGUUCAGGGCCUGACUGGUAUGAGUUUGGAGAGUUCUGCUACAAACCUUUUGAAGACAAGAAGACCUGGGGUGAUGCCCAGGACACUUGCAGGGCGCUGGGUGCUGAACUCGUAUCCAUCCUCUCGAUGAAGGAGCAGACCUGGCUGGAAAGCUACCUGUACAAGGCCACCAGUGACGUGUGGACUGGUCUGAAUGACCUGGUUUUGAGCGGUUUGUUCACCUGGUCUGAUGACCACAUGGUGACCUUCACUUACUGGGCUCCAGGAGAGCCCAACAACCACGACGGCUUCACUGAAGACUGUGUUGAGAUGUUAUACCAGACUGGACGAUGGAACGAUGUGUCCUGCACAGAACUCAAUACCUAUAUAUGCAAAAUGCCAAAAGCACAUUUCCCAGUGCCCUCGGUGAAACCCACGGUGUACGGAUGCCCUCAGGGCUGGGAUGCAUACGGCUACGCCUGCUACUGGAUGGAGGAGACCACCAGGAGCUGGUCGGACGCUAAGGCUUUCUGUGAAGAGCAGGAAGGCUUCUUGCUGCACAUCGGAGACAUUUACGAGCAGUCACACUUUACAGUGGCACUGUCGGGAAAGACUGGUUUGUGGUGGCUUGGCCUGCGUGCUCGAGGAGGAUCAAGUGGAGGGGUCGACUACAUCUGGGACAACGGCUUACCUCUCACCUUCACACACUGGGACAGAGAUCAGCCAGGUGCAGACACUAACCCUUAUCUUACCUGCGCAGGAUAA